AAAGGUCAAUGUGAAGUCACCUUUUGAAAUAUUUAGGUGAUGUACAUUUCAGAGAUUCUGAAUUGGGAUGGAAAAUACAACAGCAACCUAAAAUAUAGAAGUAUUUAUCUUGUUAUUAUUGAACUCUUCAAGAUGUUUGUAUGAAGAGCCUCAAUUCUCCUGUUUCUGAUAUUAUGCGACAAGGAAUCCCAGAGAAAAACCUUUGUUUAUUGUUUUGUGGCGGAUCAAAAUGUAAAUAUUGCAACCCUUCAUCGUUUUUCUACAAAACCAAAAUGCACUUGAAUGGCUUAUACUCUACUUGGUAUUCGUAUUAUUACAUAUAAUGUUUAGGAUUACACAAAAUAUACUGGCAACGUCUAGACCAAGCGAAAAAUUAAUUAAAGAAUUUGAUAUAAUUGAGCAGUUUAAAAGGUAUAGUGAGUAAUGGCACAGAUUUUUGAAAGAAUGGGUAUUUGCUCCAUAUUUAACAUGGAAACAGCAGGGGAACACAGUAGUUGCGGCUUUGGUGUACUCAAUUCUGGAUUUUCAUAUGACCCAUUAAGCUUCAUGAAAAACAAUAUUGCUUUUUACAAUUUUAGCUGGUGUGACUAUGAUGUAGCAUCACUUCAGUUCAUUUUGGAUACAGUAAUGGUAAUCCAGUUUGCAAUAUUUAAAGGAAAAAUCGCUAUUCACUGUCAUGCUGGACUUGGUAGAACUGGUGUAAUAAUUGCCUGUUAUCUAGUAUUUAAUAACCGCAUCUCCGCUGGUGAAGCAAUACACUAUGUUAGAUUCCGAAGACCAGGGUCUAUACAAACCCAGAAUCAAGUUGAAUGCGUAUAUAAAUUUGAAAAGUAUCUGAAUCCUUAUCGAAUAUAUUUCGGAUCACACAGACAGUUCAGUUUAGAAGCAUUUCUUAAACGCCAGAACGUUUUAUUGCAUGGACCGGAGAGAAUAAGGCUAAGAAAUAUUCCAAAAAUUAUAUACAUGUGUUGCAAAGUGCUUGUCAGAAUCAUCGUGACAGGAUGUACAUCAGUACAAAUAGAUUCCUCAAACCACAGAAAUCAAAUAGUGAGCGGUGAAAACAAUUGUCAAUCAAUAAAAAGGCUUUCCACAACAAAUGUUACACAACCAGAAGCAUUCACUAGUUGUCAACCAGAUGAAACAAAUGAACUAACGAGUACAACUGUAGAUUAUUCAUAUGGAAAGAAUUCUCCAAAUCAAAGUGUAGAUGAUAAUCAGUCUAUUGGUGCAAGCUCUGUUAUUGAAGCUCUGCUCACUACACAAUAUCCUGAAUCAGUUGUGAAUGAAACGGAAUAUUGGAAAAAAAAAUUCAACAAUGAUCCUGAAGCCUGGGAUGAUUUUGACAAAACUUCAUUCAAUGCAUUGGUCCUGGUAAAACUAAUAGAUGAUUGGUUGACACAUUUAAAGUCUCCAGUGCUUCGAAUGCAAGACUUGCUCAGCUUACAACAGAAUCCUUUAUUCGAAGAAGAUAUAUUAACUUCUCUAGAGAUUUUCGAGAAAGUAAGUUAGAGUAUAGCAUAUUUACAUGGGUAAUUUUUAUAUUGAUUUGUAUUCUAACAAGUAUAAGAUUUUGUCUGAGUAUUCGCCAUAGUUUUUGAAAUAUUGGUCAAGGAUUAUAAGCACAGAUGGAUGGUGGCUAGCAGUGGAAUGCAGGACGUGCGUUUCGUCCUAUUUGGGACUCGUCAGCUGGGUGUAACUGCAUCUUGAAAUGAACAUCAACUCUGGGAUGAAGGCAAAUCCAGCUGACGAGUUCUAGAUAGGACAAAACAAACGUUCUGGAUUCCAUUGCUACCCACAAUCCAUCUUUCCUCAUAUUGUUUGUAACUGAAAACAAUAUCGAGGCGAUCCACACAGGAUGCACACGUGCCAAUAGGAUACUGAUCAGUUUCAGUCCUAAACAUCAGUGGGAAGAUUCCAACAGACAGUACUAAAUGAAUAUAUUGAUGAAACAUUUUCAAAAAUAUAUAUUAACUGUUUUAUGAUUUGGUGAUAUUAGGAAUCUGUUUCAUGC